AUGAGCGUACCGCUGGCCCUGGAGAUAGUUUUCUUGCUAUAUUCCCUCUCUUUCGCGUCCGCCGUCUUCUGCUAUAAUGACAAAGCUGCACUAGCGUGGGAGGGCGGCUACUUUCUGCUCACGAACGUGUUCGACCAGAAGCAGACGAGCGGCGCGUCGUUGACGGAGGCUGACGUGGCCCGCAUGCUGGCGCUGCAGGAGGAAUUCACCGCCAUGCGCUCUCACCGCUACCCCUGCCACACCGGGCUGCUGGGCAGGGUGGCGAUUACAGGGGGAUACCGGCUGCUGUGUGAGCCGGUCAAGUCACGCGCCAUCAGAGGCAUGGGGCGCCUGCACCUGGAUGGCAGCAAGGACGAGGAGCAGCCCGAGGAGUGGGACAGGCAGUUCGCUGCAGGGGUCAAGGUCAUAGCGUUGAUAGGGGUGCCACAGGGCGUGCUUCAGAUAGCCGCCUGCACGCCGGUAUGUCUCCAGUGCCCCACUGUGUGGUAUCUUGCCAAUCAUACGCCUCCCAUUCAGUCACGUCCCCACAUCACACUCCUCCCCUCUGGUUUCGUUCCUGGUUCAUUCUCAUUCACCUCCCUCAUUCCCUCCCCCAUCCCCUCCCCCACUCUCUCCCCCAAUCUUACCCCCACUCCCUCCCCCAAUCUUACCCCCACUCCCUCCCCCAAUCUUACCCCCACUCCCUCCCCCAAUCUUACCCCUUUCCCCUUGGCACUUCAUUUUUCUAAGGCGGGGCUAGGGUUUGCAGGUAAGGCCAUGGGGGAGAGAGGGAAGGAUGUGUGCGGUGGUGGUGGUGAUGACGAGGCUGCUGAGGAGGGCACAGGGGAGUGGCGGCCGGGGGAGAAUGUGGGGUAUAGGCAGGACGUGUAUGAGUUGUCGUCGGGGCCAGGAGGGACGGAUAUGUCGGUGUGUGGAGGGGAAGGUGACGCCGGGGAAGGAGGUGCUGCCAGUGGUGACACUGGUGGUGGUGGUUCUACCAACGGUGGUGCUAUUGGUUAUGGCUCUGGAGGGGCAGAUGGGGCAGGGCCAGGAGCAGAUGCAGGAGCAGGACAACUGCUGCCGCCCGGACUCACCCUCAUCGCCACGUCCCCACCUCAUGCCGCUUCCCCAGGCUCCCCGUCCGUGGCAGCACCCAACGCUCACACCCCUCCAUUCAGUGCCAGUAACCACAUCAGUAACACCAACCACUUAAGCAACGGUCAGCAGCAGCAUCAGCACCAGCAGCACACGGGCGUGCACGCGACGGUGUCAGCAGACAAGCCCCCCUCCCACCGCCGGUCAAGGUCGCUCGCCCAGCAGCGCCGCCACACCUUCUCCAGCGCCGACCGCGCCGCCCUCGCCCGCCAGCUCUCCCCCUCCCGCGCCCUUCUAGGGGGCGGAUUCCGCCUGGGGGGGGCGCUGGGAGGAGGCGGAGUAGGGGAUGGGGGAGUGGGCGGGGGAGGCGGGGUAGGAGUGGGAGGCGGAACGGGGGCAGGAGGUGGAGUGGGAGGGGGUAUGGGUGCAUCUGGUCACAGCCAUCCGUCUGCUGCUCUGAGCAGAAUGGUAUCAAGUCCUCUAUUCAAACGGAGCCUCAGUUGCACGAGUCCCAUCCAGGGCAUGACCCGAGCAGCAGCCGCCCAUGCUGCUGCCCACAUGCGCCGCCACUCCUUCUCCACCUCGCCCUCCUCCUCCCCCUCCUCUUCCGCCAACACCACCUCUGCUGCCAGGGCGCUGCAUAGAGUGGCGUCUCCCACUACUAGCUCUGGCGGGGGGGCCAUGGGGGGAAGCAUGGGGGGAAACAUGGGGGGAGGGAGGCAUGGGGGUUUCUCAAGCCGGCAUGUGUCGAGUCUCUCGAAUCCAGAGUUUCUGUCUGAGUUUCUGAAUCUGUGCCCGUUUGGUGGGUCGCCGAGGGGGGUGGGCGCGGGGCGAGGGAGGGAGAUGGCAGGAGGGGGAAUAGGAGGGGGUAUGGGAGGGGGAAUGGGAGUGGGUAUGGGAGGGGGGAUAGGGGGGACAAGGUUGGGAGCAGGGAUGGAAGGAGGGGGGGCAUCUGCAGGGGCAGGGGGGACGCUAACAGGCGAUGCAGCAAUGCAAGCGAACCAGGGAGGGGUUGAAGGAGAGAGGGGAGGAGAGGGACGAGGAGAUGGGUGGGGAGAUGGAGGGGGCACGGAAGGGGGUGUGGGAGUGGGAGGGGAGGUGGGAGGGGUGGAUGAGAUGGAAUGGCUACUGCAGGAGAUGAUAAUGAUGCAUGGGAGUGCUAGUGGUGCUGCCGCCAUCCUUGACGGCAAUCCUGGCACAGAUGCUGGUACCGCUGAUGGCACUGGUAUCGCAGCUAAUGCAUAUGCUGCUGCUCUUGACGCGUGUGGCUUGGCUGAGGGGGAUGCUUGCCUAGACGUUGACAUGGGGAUGGGGAUGACAGUUCCCCUCCCCCGCCCCGCCUCCCGUUUCUUCCCCAAAUCCGCCUCUCUGCCUGGAAACCUCCCCCGUCCCCCCCCACCUGCUGCUGCUGCUGGUAGCGGCGGUGGUGGUGGUGGUGGGGAGGAGGUGUUGCAGCAGCAGCAGCAGCAGCAGCAGCAGGAGGAGGAGCAGGAGGAGGAAGAGGAGGAGGAGGAGCGGCAGCAGCAGCAGCAGCAGAAGCAGAAGCAGCAGCAGGGCGGACUAGACGUGCUUAUAGAGGGCGGUGCAGCCAGCGAUUUUCAAAUGGCUGCUCCUGACGGCGUGGGAGGGUUGAUGGGGACAGGGAUUGGGAUGGGAGGAGAGGAGGAGUUGGGAGAGGAGUGGGCCAUGUUCCUAGAUGUGAUGGAUGCACCACCAAUACUGGAUGAUUUGGAUGAGUUAGGCGAGGAGUGGGCAAUGUUAAUAGAUGUGAUGGAUGCACCACCAAUACUGGAUGAUUUGGAUGAGGUGAAUAGGAGGGGUGGGGAGAGGGGUGAGGAGGAGUGA